CAUUUUGGAAAUGCCCGGAUGCUAAGUGGGACAUAGGUAAAGAAACGUACACGGUUCGAUCGAUAUUACAGGGUAAAGGUAACCUGUUUGCCCCUACGAUGGAGAGAUGGCUGGGAGGCAUGUGAGGAUGAGUGUAAGGUGGGCCUUCAACUUCCGGGCAUGGGCUCCCUCUGCGGAGGACUGGACCGUGUGUAACCAGUGUGUCCAGCCUGAAGAAGCACAGAGGAUCAGCAAGUUUGUGUUCAAGAAAGAUGCAAAAUCUUCCAUGAUUGGACGGCUUAUGAUAAGAAAGGUUAUCUCAGAAUACCUCAACAUUCCAUUUAAGGAAGUGACUUUAGCAAGAUCAGAGAAGGGAAAACCCUAUAUAGCAGACAGGACUGAUGUUGAUAAUUUCAGUUUCAACGUUUCCCACCAGGGGGAUUAUGCUGUCCUUGCGGCACAAGGGAACUGUAUUCUCGGUGUGGAUGUCAUGAAAUUGGAAACACGUACAGAUGUGGAUAGCUUCUUCGAAACUAUGAGGAGACAAUUCACUGCAGAAGAAUGGAUGCUCAUUCGCUCUCCCACCACAGACAAAGAGAGACUCAAGCUCUUCUUCAGACUCUGGUGCUUGAAGGAAAGUUACGUAAAAGCACUCGGUGUAGGCAUUGGAUUUGAGGUUGGCAGAUUGAACUUCAACCUUCCAACUUUAAAUAUAGACUCUAGUGUCAUUUCUGACACCACUCUGAAGAUAGCUGGGACACCGAUGCCAGACUGGACAUUUGAGGAGCAGUUGCUAGGUGACCAUAGUAUUGCAGUAGCUGUAAACGAAAAUGACAAAACACGUUUGGGAUGUCCCGUAAACAAGAACAUGGAGGAAGGAUUGCUGUCUGCCGGAGGAGAAUUUAAGGUGUUGGAUUUUAGAGAUGUCAUCAAAAAUGUCCAGUCUCUCUCUGAACCAGACAUGUCGUUCUGGGAGAACUUUCAUGUAAAAGCAGAGGACCCGAGUCAAUGGAAAAGCAAAAAAGCACAGACGUCCUGACAUGACACCCACAGCAUCGCAGUCUUAAUCAUCAUUUCUAAAGUGCGCUUAAUAUGGGCAAUACCAUGUGUCAGUUUAUCAAUAUAAUGUAUUAGAAGGUAACAGUGCAUAAUGUCAACCCAAGGGAAUCAUUGUUACCCAAAGCAAAAUAAAAAGUGAGAACAGGUUUCAGAUGAUAGACAAUUUGCACUGCUACAUUAUGUGUAAUGAAUGUCCUAUUUACAGGUGACAGUGUAAAAUAUCACCUGCAAAAUCUUAUCUUCACAAUCUGUAUGCACAUUAACUGAUGAUCAACUUAAUGUGCACAUAUUUUGCUAGGGUAACAUUUUGCACUAUCACAUCAUUAUGUCACCGUCACUCUACAUUGUAUUUUUAGCGAGUUUCAGUGUUUGUUUCCAUCAUUUUCUCAACCAAUCAGAAUAUGAGAAAUUAAGUUGAGGUGUAACAAAAAAUAGCAUCUUAGUAUCUUAAAAUCUUAAAAAAUAGAAUUAGUCUCACAUAAUUAUGAGUGUUAUAUUAUCUAUAACAUUCAUACUGUUACUUUUGAAUACCAUAAUUUGCACCCAUGGUAUUUGAAUACACACGAAUGCAUAUAUACACUUUGUAUUAGGAUAAUAAAAUGUGAUUUAUGAUGGAAAAAUGUUGUGCAACUUCUGCUACUGAAGAUCAUUAUAAACAUUCCAGUGUUGCUGGCAGUUUAAAAAUAAAAAGUUUCAUGCGCUUUAAGGGAAGUUCAACCAUGAUCACUAGAAAUAAAUCUCUGCUUUAAAGUUUAAUUGCUAUUACCCUGGUAAUCAUUUGAUGGGCCUGGUCAGUUCUGGGAGGGGGCCUUUAUAAUUUCAGUUCCUCCCAAAAAAGGAGGAGAGGGAUUUGAUUUAUUGGGGGAGGAGUGCUGAUUAUUGCGAAUACGGUAUUAGAUAUUUUGUAUGAAGUUGGGAUAUGAACCUAUGUACUACAGAUGAUUGAUGUUAUCUUUGAAGGGUGUUUCGUAUCAUUUGUAUGCCCAUCAAUUGAAGAAUCCAUUUUCGCCCAGUAUUAAAUUCGCCCAUCACACUUAAUAACGAUAUAUAUUGUGCUGUUUACAAAUGUUUGCUGUAGUGAUAAAUUCACCCUCAUUAUGGAGGGUGAAAUAUACGAAAAUCAAACUGCAGUGAAUAUUUCCCAGUAUACAAUAAUAAAAUUAAUACAAAUCGUGAAAACUUUAAAUCUUAUAAUGAAUAAAUUGUUGACAAACGAUGUACAUGUAUCGUGAAAAGUGAACUUACCAUAUGCAGUCUGACAAAAAAAUGGCUAAUAACAUAAACAAACAUUUUUCCUAUCUGUGAACUGUGGCAUUUUUGUCAGUACACUGUAUAAGUGUGGAAAAUUAAGGUUUUUCCAAGGAUUGCUCAUCUACUACGAAAUUGCAGGUGUUUUUCAUUGCAUACUCUAAGCAUGCACGUCGGGCUUGAUCGUUCAUGCAGAACAACUGGUUUGUCUGUUUUUAGGUAUAAAUCCUGGCUGACUUGUGAAGGUUUAUGCAGGCCUUGCAUUGCUUUGUCAAGGUUCGCCUGAAUGCAGCAUCAUAUUACUAGGUCCCUCCUUAUUUCAUAAACAUACAAGUAUAGCUAGUCCAACUGUUUGAAUCGCGAUAAAUAAAAGUGGCCAAAGUGACGUAACCUAUAUCAUGACAGGGUUAUGUCCCUUGUUGAUAAUGUCCCUUUUCCCCAGGGUGUCUGGGGAACUUACCAGUAGGAAGUGACACUAGAUAAUGAUUAUUUGGUCACAGAUAAUAGAGAUAUAUUUUAUUGGUAAUUUUUAGUCACUGUUGUUUUAAAUGUUGGAACAAUUUUCAAUAAAUCAGGCAUAACCUUUGAAAUUUUUAUGAAUAUUCAUAAGGAAUUACCAAAAAUGUUAAUAACACCAGUGAAAUAGGCAGUAUUUAAAAGAAGACUUUAGGGAUUAGUUUUGAAUUAUUCACUUUUUUAUGCAAUUAUUCUGUAUAUUUGUUUUAUCAUUCAUCGCUUUGGUAUGGGAAGUGAUUUAUAACAACUGCUGAUGAAAAAUAACAGCAGUGUGUAAAAAAUGAUCAAAUCAUCAAGUUGUAUUCAUCCGAACCUGAAAUGUGUAUGUUGUUCUAAGGUUGUCAAUGACUUGUUUAUACAUUGUUAUAUACUUUUUAUAAGCCGGACAGAAUAACUUAUUGAAUACAAUGUACCAGGAUCAAUAAAAUAUGUUUGUUAUAAA